AUGACCGACUUUCCCAAGCUGAAUCGCAUCAAGGCAGAUGACGAGAGCAUGGAAAAAAUCCACGUGGCGGCGCGCAAGGGUCAGACCGACGAGGUACGCCGCCUUAUUGAGACGGGUGUGAGCCCCACCAUUCAGAACCGCUUCGGCUGUACUGCGCUGCAUCUCGCCUGCAAGUUCGGCUGUGUGGACACUGCCCAGUAUCUUGCUAGCGUUGGCGAGGUGCACUCCUCGUGGCACGGCCAGAAGCCGCUUCACUUGGCGGUGAUGGCGAAUAAGAUGGACCUUGUGGUGGCACUGGUAGACGGCGCGAAGGAGCGCGGGCAGACGCCAGAGUCGCUGCUCAACGAGUGCGACGAGCGUGAGGUCAACGAAAUCGGGAGUCACGUGAAGCACUGCAAGGGUCAGACUGCCCUUCACUGGUGUGUGGGACUGGGGCCCGAGUACCUGCCGAUGAUCAAGCUUCUUGUGCAACUUGGCGCCUCGCCGACUGCGAAGGACAAGGCCGACGAGACACCAUUAAUGCGCGCCAUGGAGUUCCGUUGCCGCGAGGCGCUGGAGGCGAUGAUGGAAAAUGUGCCUAACAAGAACUCGUUACGCCUGGACUACGCCGACAAGCAGGGCAACUCGCAUCUGCACUGGGCGAUCCUGACGAACUGCGAAGACAUUGCCAUCCGCUUUGUGGAGCUGGGUAUCGAUGUCAAUAUGGAGGAUAACGAGCACACGGUUCCACUCUACCUGUGCGUGCGGGCCGCCAUGGUGCCGCUCAUGAAGGAACUCGUCAAUCGAAGCGACGUUUUUCUGAUUCAGACGUGCCCCUUCCACAAUGGCACGACAGUGCAGCCGGAUCGCAUUGCAUGGCUGGAUUUCGUGCCGGCGGAUGCAGACGCCGCGAAGCAAGAAGUCAUUCAGCUGCUGCAGGAGAAGCUGGACGAGGUAACGCGCAGCCUCAACGCCGGCGCCGACGGCGCUGGCAAGAGGAAGAAGAAGGCCGCUCCAGCGGUGAAGCGCAUGAAACUCGCGCCGUCCGCCCCGGUGCGCUACCGUUCUCGCAGUCGCACGCGCAGCAGCAAUGUCGCCAAGUAA